CACUCAUCACUAGUCUGGGUCUGGACCAGCCAGACUAACUCAUCACAGUCAUCAGGAGGAGAUAGAAGUUUAGAUGCUCGAAUGGAGAGAAUAAAUGACUAUUUACUUGUAAGAGACGUUAGUCUAGUGUCUGAUAUAUGCAAUGAAGACAAACUGUUGGAAUACUUUAAACUAAGAUACCAGAAUGAUGUGAUAUAUAGUAAUAUUGGUGAUAUACUGAUAUCUAUUAACCCUUAUAUGAUAAUCAAUGGAGACGAUUAUUUGAGAGAUGUUACUAUUCCCCAUGUUUAUAACUUGUCAAAAAGAAUUUACAAUGAAAUGAUAUCAACCAGUUGUGAUCAAUGCUGUAUUAUCAGUGGUGAGAGUGGUGCUGGUAAAACUGAAGUGUGUAAGUAUCUUGUGAAGCAUGUAACGCAAUUCAGUGGUAGCCGUAACAAUCUGGAACUAAGAAUAUUGCAAAUGAAUCCAUUACUUGAAGGAUUUGGAAAUGCUCAAACAACAAUGAAUAAUAAUUCAUCUAGGUUUGGAAAAUAUCUUCAACUGAAAUUUAACGGAAUGGGAAAAGUUACUGGAGCUAAAAUAAAUGAAUAUUUACUUGAGAAGUCAAGAGUUGUGUACCAGAACCCUGGAGAGAGAAAUUUUCAUGUUUUUUAUUGGAUGCUGGAGGGUCUGGACACAAUUUUGAAGAUUAACCUAAACAUUCAUGAUAAAUGCAUAUUUAGGUAUUUGGGAGGGAAGACGACUACAUGUGGAGAUGAGAAAGAAAAGUUUAAAGAACUGAGAGACUGUCUUGAUCUAGUUGGAUUUAAAGAAGAAGAGCAGGAAGAUAUUUUCCUCUUAAUAGGUUCAAUACUGCACAUUGGUAAUAUCAAUAUUGAUGAAAAUGAUAGUGAUCAAUCAAUAAUAACACAAUCACAUUCAAUUGACAUUGCCUCAAGACUGCUGGGACUGGAGAGUGAUACUUUUAUACAGUUGUUAACAAUAAGUAUGUCGACUGCAAGGGGAGAAAUCAUACGUAAACAUAAUAAUAAAAUAAAAUCAGAAGCUAUACGUGAUAGUAUCAGUAAAACACUGUAUGACAGAUUAUUUCGCUGGAUUGUGAAUCAAAUAAAUCAGUUAUUAGCACCAACACUUGAAGAUGUGGCAUGGGGCUGUGAUAUUGGUAUAUUGGAUAUUUUUGGUUUUGAGGAUUUCCACAGAAAUUCAUUUGAGCAGCUAUGCAUUAAUCUGGCUAAUGAACAACUGCAUAACUUCUUUAUUCAACAUAUAUUCCAUAUUGAAUUAAGUCAGUACAAUGAAGAAGGAGUUAAUGGAGCAGACAUUGUCGUACAAGACACACAGCCACUGCUGGAUUGUUUUUUCCUUGGUUCCAAGAGUGUGUUUCACUUGCUUGAUGAUCAAGGCUCUGUUCCUCGUGCAACUGAUGCCAACUUUUUACACAAAUUAAAUGAGAGGAUGAAGAAAGAAUCAUUCUAUACUCCAUCAAAAAGCAUCUCGAGUGGGACAUUUACUAUAACGCACUUUGCUGGAAAAGUGUUAUACUCAGUUAAUGGAUUUUUAGAGAAAAAUAUGGAUACACUGCCACCAGGAGUAAAGAAAUGUUUUGAAAAUAGCACUAAUGAAUUAGUUAGCUUAUUGUUCAGAGCAACUAUCAACAGAACUGGCACUUUGGCACUGCAUAAGACAACAGCAACCCGUAAAAGCACGGGAAAAAGAAGAGUGAGCAAUGCUAGAAGAGGUAGGUCUACGAACACUCCAACCAUUAGUUCACAAUUCAAAAGCUCAUUGUCAGUGCUAGUCACAAAAAUGAGUUCAGCUGUUCCUCAUUUUAUUCGUUGUCUUAAACCAAACAAACUUAAAAAGCCACAUCUCUUUGAUGAUGAGUUUGUCAAGCGACAGCUAUGGUACACUGGAAUGAUGUCUACCAUACAAAUAAGGAAAGAAGGAUUUGCGUAUAGACCUACCUUUCAGGAAUUCCACGAGAGGUUUGGUUCUUUAUGUUAUUGUGAUGCAAGUGACAUAUCAUUAGUUAAUGUUUGUCAGUUGAUAUUAUGUGAGUCUGGAAUAACUAAUGCAGAAUAUCAGAUAGGUUAUUCAAAGCUGUUCCUACGCCACUAUCACCUUGAUAAGCUUGAGAGGAAAAUGAAGGAGCAUCAUUUAGCAGCUAGCAGACUACAGUCUGUUGCUAUUAGUUUCAUUCAAAGAAGAAGAUAUAAGAAAGUGUUGCAAGCAAUGAAACAGGAUAAGGCAGCUAUAAAAAAAUUAAUGGCAGAUGCUAAAAACAAUUGCAGUAAGGUUGAGAGGAGGCUAGAGAGAUUGACCAAUCAAGAUGAAAAAAGACACUUGGAUGAUCAAAGAGAGAGUCUAAUUAUACAGCAACUGUCUUUCCUUCUACCAAAGCUCCCUCCUCCUGCUGACAUCAGAGAAUUACCACCUCCACUUUUAUUGGACUCCGAUGAUGAGGAAGAGGAAGAGAAAAUUGAGUCUCUGAGAAAGAAAAGCUCCAGAUUAAAAAUGGAUGACACUAUGUUUGUAAAAGUUGAACUUAAAAGACCACACCAGCAGUCACGAAUGCUUCGUUCUUCCGUCUCUUCCUCGCACUCCUGGCUACACGGCAUGAUAUCACAAAAGAAAGCAGAGGAAAUGCUGAAACCACACCAACAUGGAACAUUUCUAGUGAGAAUUAACAGAAAAAAAUUCAGUCACAUAUUGAGCUACAAAUCAAAAAUUAAGGAUAGUAUCAAUCAUUUAUCAAUAUCACAACUGCCAAACAGUAAGUAUGUAUUAAGUGGGGAGACAAAUCCUCACAACAGCAUUGACAAUUUAGUGGAAUAUCAUUAUCAAGUUCCCAUUCAGAGCAGUAAUGAUUUAUUAGUCUUACCUUGUCCAGAAGACUGUGACGAAACUGAAAAUGAAGUAAAAAUUAAAAUUAGUGGUAGUGCUCAUGCCAUUGUCUAAACAUUGUGCUCUUAAUAAAGAAAUAAUUCACAUAAUCAUUAUCAUCAUUUUUGCUUUUUAUUCCAUUAUUAAUUAUUAACUAUUAUUUAUAUACUAUUACUUUAUGAUCUAUUUUAUAAGAAAAA